AUAAUAAAGAAAAAAAAAAAACCCUCUCGGAGGCCCAAACUCCCUCAAAUGUAAUUUUCUCUAGCCCCCGCAAUUUCCAUUUCCUCUAAGCAAACACCCCCGCUCCCUUUCUCUCUCUCUCUGCAACCCCGAGAAUAAUAGGAAAGGAAAAAAACUAAUCACUGUAUUGAAAUUGAUCCACGCCUCCAUCCUUAAUUCAGAAAUAAAUUCAACGCACCUAAUAUUGCUUAUUGCAUUUGCUAUGUGGUCCUUUUUAAUCCUGCAAUAUUUCUUUAUUUGAUUUGCCGACACUUCAAUCAUUAUAAAUUUUUUCUUUUAUCAGGAUUCAGAUUUUCUCUGUUUUUUUUUUUUGUAUCUGGGCUCGUAAUUUCCAGCGUUUCCUCUGAUUUAGUUUAAUUUAUUAUUCUGUUUUAUUCAGGAGAAUCCUUUCAAUCAUGCAAUGUCACGUAAGUGCCCAACUUAACUGAAAUUGAUUUGUGUUUUUUUUACCAAAUAUUGGUGGAAAUUUCAGCACCUGCUCUUUUUUUUUUCAUUUUUGGAAACAGGUUAUCCUGAAAACCUAUUUCUGAAUACUGUACCUGUUUUUUUGUGGUUGUAUUGGUUUCAAGUGUUUAAAAUUUGUUAUUUUCUGGAAGAAAGUUGGUUUGUUGGUUUUGGAAUAAAAGGGGAGAGAGAGAGAGAGAGGAAAACACUUGCUUUUAUUUUAGGAUUGCAUGGGAGAGCAUGAAGGGUGGGCACAGCCACCAAGUGGGCUAUCGCCAAAUGGCCUAUUGCCCAAUGAAGCUCCCUCUGUGAUCAGAGUGCUUGAUUCAGAGCGAUGGUCAAAGGCCGAAGAGAGAACUGCAGAGCUUAUUGCCUGUGUUCAGCCCAACCAGCCCUCUGAAGAGCUUCGCAAUGCCGUUGCAGAUUAUGUGCAGCGGCUUAUUGCAAAGUGCUUUCCUUGCCAGGUAUUCACCUUUGGGUCUGUACCACUAAAGACUUAUUUACCUGACGGGGAUAUUGACUUAACAGCCUUCAGUAAGAAUCCUAAUUUAAAAGAUACAUGGGCUCAUCAGGUUCGUGAUAUGCUGGAGAAUGAGGAGAAGAAUGAAAAUGCUGAAUUCCGAGUGAAGGAGGUUCAGUACAUUCAGGCAGAGGUGAAGAUAAUAAAGUGUCUUGUGGAAAACAUUGUGGUAGAUAUUUCAUUUAACCAACUUGGUGGACUGUGCACCCUUUGUUUCCUUGAGGAGGUUGAUAAUUUGAUAAAUCAAAACCAUCUAUUCAAGCGUAGCAUUAUAUUGAUAAAGGCCUGGUGUUACUAUGAGAGCCGAAUACUUGGUGCUCACCAUGGAUUGAUCUCCACCUAUGCUUUGGAAACCUUGGUUCUAUAUAUAUUUCAUGUUUUCAACAACUCCUUUGCGGGUCCUCUUGAGGUCCUUUAUCGUUUUCUCGAGUUCUUCAGUAAGUUUGAUUGGGCUAAUUUAUGUGUUAGUCUCUGGGGUCCUGUACCUAUUAGUUCACUUCCAGAUGUAACAGCGGAACCUCCUCGAAAGGAUGGUGGAGAGUUACUACUUAGCAAAUUAUUUCUUGAGGCUUGUAGUGCUGUGUAUGCUGUUUUACCUGCUGGACAAGAUAAUCAAGGGCAACCUUUUUUGUCCAAACACUUCAAUGUUAUUGAUCCUUUGCGUGUAAACAACAACCUGGGACGUAGUGUCAGUAAAGGUAACUUCUUUAGGAUACGCAGUGCGUUUGCAUUUGGAGCUAAAAGGCUAGCUAGGUUACUUGAUUGCCCCAAAGAAGACCUGUGUUUUGAAGUAAAUCAGUUUUUUCUGAACACCUGGGAGAGACAUGGCAGUGGCCAUCGUCCUGAUGUGCCAAGGAAUGAUUUGUGGCAGUUGAGAUUGUCAAACCAUGAUUACUUGCAUGGGCCUGAGAGUCUAAGGAACAAUUCAAGCAGCAAACCUUCCGGUCAUGAAGCUCAAGUUGAUGUGGCUCAUGGCUCAUGUACUGUUCCCUCCCAGCAUGAUAAUUAUUCCAUAGAUAGCACAUCCAAAGGUAGUGAAGUUUCAACACUUUCUCGUACUCAAAGCCAAAAGACUAACGCUAACACUAACAGCACAAGGAGCACCUCUGAUCAGAGUAGAAGGGAAUCUACUUCCAAUCAGAGCAUGCAUGCUGAUAGAAGUCAGAGAAAUGAAAAACCCGACAACUUAGUCACUGAUUUUCAGGGAAGGUAUCUUUUUGCUAGGACAUGCUCUAGUCCUGAACUUACUGAGACAUAUAGCGAAAUUUCUUCUCAAGGAAGGCGUAACAAAGUCCAAGAAAGUGGGAAAGGCCAGGCUUCAUCUGCUAGGCUAAAUCAUGGCAGGAGGAAAAACGUGGGAUCUGAUAAUUUGAAAAACCAUGGUAUUAGCUCUUCAAGUGAUGAUCCUUCAUCUGUUAGUCACACCAUUUCCAGUCAAAGCUGCAAUCCUGCUGCUGAUUCAAAUAGUUACCACGAAGAUUCAUGCUUGGAUGUCGCCAAUGAAGAAUUUGUUUCUGUCCUAGGGUCACAGGGGAUGCAUCAGGAAGAGCAAGAUCUUGUGAAUGUGAUGGCUUCUUCUACUGGUGUGGGUUUCAAUGGACAGGUUCAUGUUCCACUGAAUAUGGCACCUGCUCACAUUUCUCUUCCAAUUCCACCUUCUGUUCUAGCUUCAAUGGGAUAUGGUCAGAGAAAUAUGGGUGGAAUGGUACCCGCAAACAUUCCCUUCUUGGAGACUCCUUGGGGUUCAAAUAUGCAAUUUCCUCAAGGUUUGGUUCCAUCACCAUUAGCCCAUUAUCUUCCUGGCAUUGAAUUGACUUCAAACCAAGAAGAUUCAAUUCAACCUGGUAAUGAGAAUAUUGGUCCCGUGGAAAUGAAUGUCAGGGAGCCUGAUCAUGAUUUCUGGCAUGAGCAGGAGAGGAGCUCCAUUAGUGGAUUUGAUAAAGAAAACGGACGCUUUGAGAUGCAUCAAUUAGAUGAUCCGCAGCCUAGUUCAUCUAGUUAUAAAUUUGUUUCAUCAUCUCGAAGAGGUGGCUCUGGCAACUCUUUGAGAGCUCACCAGAAGCUCACCAGAGAAACCGGAGGGCCAGCUAGGGAAGAAUCUAUAGGUGCUUUAACAUAUCAAGAAAACAGAGGCACUGAAGAAUACUUUGAUGAUACAAGUGCAUGUUCAAGGUCCUUCACUACGGUGAAUAUUAGUCCCUUGAGAAGUAAAACCUCAUCUGAGAGUUCGUGGGAAGGAUCAUCAGCAAAGCUGUCAAAGCCUGUGAAGGAAAAAAGAGGUAGGAAAACGGUUUCUUCUGCAGUGCAGUCUUCUGUUUAUGGAAAAGGUAAGAGUGCCUCUGAACAUUCUUCCAAUCUGACAGAUGAUGACAAUAAAGAAUGGAAUGCGCCAUCAACAAUGGGCCCUGAACCUGAAAGAAGCAUAGGAUCCCAAACUGAAUCUUCUGCUGCUUUGCAUGUUUCAAGGCAUCAAGUACCUGGAUAUGAAAGAGCACAGCCAAGUGAAUCUGAUUCAUUGAUACCCAUUGCUCCAGUGCUCUUAGGUCAUGGUUCACGGCAAAGAUCUGCUAAUAACUCAGGGGCAGGGACUGUUCACUAUACAUUUUAUCCUGCAGGGCCACCAGUUCCAUUUGUUACGAUGCUUCCACUGUACAACUUCCCAACUGAGACAGGAACUUCUGGUGCAUCAACUAGCCAAUUUGACAGUGAAGAGGGCCUUGAUAACAGUGAUUCGGGUCAAAAUUGUGAUUCAUCUGAAGGAAUUGAUCUAUCUGAGGUUUCAAGUACCUCCAGUUCUAUGAAAAUGGCUGCUUCUGUUGAGCCAUUGGAACACAAACCUGACAUUCUUAAUAGUGAUUUUGCUAGCCACUGGCAGAACUUGCAGUUUGGGCGUUUAUGCCAAAACACACGAAAUCCUGCACCUAUGAUUUAUCCAUCACCUGUUAUGGUGCCGCCUGUGUAUUUACAGGGCCGUUUUCCUUGGGGUAGUUCUGGGAGACCAGUUUCAACUAACACAAAUAAUUUUACUCAGCUAAGUAUUGUUCCAGUUGCUCCACUACAGUCUGCAUCUAAUAGACCUGCUGGUGUCUAUCAGCAUUAUGUUGAUGAAAUGCCUAGAUAUCGAGGUGGAACUGGGACCUACUUGCCGAAUCCAAAGGUUGCUGUCCGAGACCGGCAUGCUACAAAUAUGAGAAAGGGAAAUCACAACUACAAUAGAAGUGACCACCAUGGUGAUAGGGAAGUGAGCUGGAACAAUAAUUCUAGAGCACGAGCUGCUGGUCGCGGCAACAAUCGCAGCCAUGCUGAGAAGUCUAAUACAAGGCCAGACCGGUUGGCUGGUGAGAGUCAAACUGAGAGGACAUGGGGCUCACAUAGACAUGAUAUGUUCCCUUCGUGCCAGUCUCAGAAUGGUUCCAGCAAUGUGGCAUAUGGCAUGUAUCCAUUACCAUCCUUGAAUCCUGGAGUAGCAUCAAAUGGACCUACCAUUCCUUCUGUUGUCAUGCUGUAUCCUUAUGAUCAUAAUACUGGCUAUGGUUCUGCAGAGCAUCUUGAGCUUGGGUUCGUUGGGCCAGUAGCUUUCUCAGGUGCAAAUGAGACCUUGCAUUUAAAUGAGGUGAGUCGAUCAAGUGGGGGAUUUGAUGACCAAAGGUUUCAUAGCAGCUCUGCUCAUCAGCCAUCUCCAGAUCAGCCUUCUUCACCCCAUGUCCAGAGGGAGAUUUGACUUUCGUUGCAAACUCUAUGGCCCAGAGGAAUCAGGUAUUAUCAAUCAAAGGAUGACAAUUCCUCGUGCGUUUCCAAACCAGAAAACGAUGGUGGGAGAAACGAUGAAGAGAAAACCUUCAACUACAAGGUUUUUCCAUUCUCACCUUAUUGUUAAUGGUUUCUCAGUUUGAUCCAUGUCAUCAUUUUCUCAAGGUCGCACUUCUUGGUGGCUUGUGCUUGUUUGUACACUAGAGGUCAUUAUCUAACCUGUCCUGCUUACAAGAAUUAACAGAUUGGCAGGUAAUGGGAUGCAGGCUCUGUGAUUAGUUCUUUUUUAAAAUAUAUUUUAGGGUUCAACACCAUGUAACUCCACUGAUGUAGAAGCUCGCAGAUUUAGAAUCUAGAACUUUAUCAUGUUCAAAAAAACGUUUCUCGGGAUCUUCUUCCACGAUGUAUUAGGGAUUUUGAUUCAUGAGUUCGGUGUAACAGCUAAACUAUACUCGUUUCAAAAAGUACGGUGUAGUAAUACUACCCCCAAAGAUGGGGUGAAAAUGCACGAUGCUCUUAGGUUUCCAA